GUCACAUCUGCGAGGAUGGCACGCUGAGCAUCCAGACUCAAUCGUACUGGCACACUCUACUUAAGCGAUUUGUGUAAGACUCUGUACCACCUCGUUGGUCCCCAUGGAACCGAAAGACCAGGGAUAUAAAGUUCGAAAUACAAAGCAUCCCUCUACGUUGCUUCCCAGGGGCUCUCAAAUCUUCAUAGUCGAAGGGAAUGAAUUUUUGGUACCCAGAGCCCUUCUUGCUCACAUCAGCGAAGUCUUCAGGGGUAUAGACUCUACUGAGGACUCCGAUGAACCCAUCAUGCUGGAUGAUAGCGCCGAAGCAUUCCGUGAUUUUGUGGAUGUUUUGUUCGACCCUUUCACUUCUUGUCUGGUUCAAGAAAACCCCGACCUAAGGCAACUUCUUCACGUAUUGCAGGUCGCGCACAAAUAUUGUGCCAAUGACAUUGAGGAACGUGCCCGCAAAAUUGUUUCAAGGAUGACGCAAGACAUGAUCCGUCUUCACUUGGGACCAAAUCUUUCUGCUCUUGAUGUCUUUCGUAUCGCGAGCAAGGCUUGCUGCCCGGCUAUUGCAGAGGACGCUUGGGAUAUCGUGCUGGAAUCUUACAAGAAACACAAAGUCGACAGCAAAUCGCUCCUCGAUGAGGGAUUACAUUCGGGAUUCGAAAAGUUUCUGCUUUCUGCCUAUUAUAAUAUCAUGAUUCAGGGACCCACACAUUGGGAGAAGGAUACAGCUCUAACAUCCGAUGUGAAAAACACACUUGCUUUUGGAACCCUAAGGUGCAUGGGAGACUGGGAGGCUUUAAUGGCGCGACUCGCUUCGGGAAAACUGGAUAUACCCCUUCCCACGAACGUCGAGCCAGAACGGGAGUCCGUCUCGAUCUCACCUUCACCGUUCUGCGACUACCACUUCACUGGCGGGUAUUACUCCGAGAUCGCCUUCAUAGCACAGGUUUAUUCCUACUACGGAGUUUCGCCGUACGACGUGGUGGGAAAGUUGCAUGCCUGUAUGCGGAUACCUACCGGCCCUGCAAGGGUGGGGCGUGGCCCCAGGCCCCAGUGUCAACUUUGUUGGGCCGUCGUGCUUCAUCAUGUCAAAAGGACUUUUGCGCAUGUGAAUUCACGAAUCCCUGUGCAUUUUGGCCUCACAGGCAUCAAGUCGGCCUCUGACGUGCCCCUGUAAUCAUAUUAGCACCUGCCUCAUAAUAUCUCACCCUCCACGGAGGCCAUUUUCUUGUGUGCUAGCGUGUUCUCUCUGUUUAGUUAUGUCCUGGAAUGCUCCCGGACCGUUGAACGAUGCCAGGAAAAUCCAAGUUGACUCAUUUCCCUUUUCUGUUUUCUGAACGACAACGCCCGGAGCCCAUUACAGUCUCCAAUUCUCCCUGUUCCCGACAUCCAAGUUACCACACCAGGCGAU